CGUCUACCGGUCUCGCACAGUCGCUUGGUCGGAGAGGAAGGGAUUAGAGUUGGAGUGGAUCGCUAAGAUUUAGUUUUCAAAAUGAAUGUUUUAAGAACGUGGAAACAGUUGUCCAGACUUGGACAGACAACGCAAACUCUUCAACAAGGGCUGAUAGGCAGUUUGGUACGACUCCAGUCGACGCAAGCUCAAACUUUGAGCUUGAAAGAAACAAUGUAUCGCAUAGUCCCGGAGAAACAGAAGGAAGUUGCGGAAUUCCGGAAAACUUACGGCGAUAAAUCUUUGGGGGAGUACACAGUUGACCAGGUUUAUGGUGGUAUGCGAGGUAUCAAAGGUUUGGUUACAGAGACCUCACACUUAGAUGCAAAUGAGGGAAUUAGGUUCCGAGGCUAUACAAUUCCAGAAUGCCAAAAGCUUUUGCCUAAGGCAGAUGGCGGUGAGGAACCUUUGCCAGAAGGAAUAUUUUGGUUACUUAUGACAGGAGAAAUACCAACAAAACAGCAGGUUGACAACUUGUCCAAAGAAUGGGCUGCCAAUGCUGACUUGCCGCCACAUGUUGUGCAGAUGUUGAACAACUUUCCUGAGACUCUGCAUCCAAUGAGCCAGUUUAGUGCAGCAAUCACAGCUAUGAACAGCGAGAGUAAAUUCACCAAGGCAUACGCAGGUGGAGCUCCUAAAGCAAAAUACUGGGAGUAUACUUUUGAUGAUGCCAUGGAUGUGACAGCCAAGAUCACAACAGUGGCAGCAUACAUAUACAGAAAUGUGUUCAAGGAUGGAAAAGUCACACCAGUGGAUCCAGGCAAAGAUUGGGCUGAUAACUUAUCUAGCAUGCUCGGUUUUGAGGAUCCUAUGUUUCACGAGAUGAUGCGACUGUACCUUGUUCUGCAUGCCGAUCAUGAAGGAGGAAAUGUCAGUGCUCAUACCACCCACCUUGUUGGCAGUGCUCUGUCAGAUCCCUAUCUGUGCCUUGCUGCUGGUAUGAAUGGUCUGGCAGGACCUCUUCAUGGCUUGGCUAAUCAGGAAGUCUUAAUCUGGACCACAAACAUGCUAAAAGAUGUAGGAGACAACCCAUCUACAGAGAAAGUUAGGGAAUAUGUCUGGAACACUCUGUCUGGUGGGCAAGUUGUGCCUGGUUUUGGACAUGCAGUUUUGAGAAAGACAGACCCUCGUUACACAGCCCAGAGAGAAUUUAGCUUAAAGCAUUUGCCAGAUGAUCCCCUGUUCAAACUUUGUGGUCAGCUGUAUGAAAUUGUUCCAAAUGUUUUACUGGAGCAAGGAAAAGCAAAGAACCCUUGGCCUAAUGUUGAUGCUCAUAGUGGAGUUCUUCUUCAGCACUAUGGUUUGACAGAAAUGAAUUACUACACUGUUUUGUUUGGUGUAUCGCGUGCCCUGGGUGUGCUUUCAUCAUUAGUCUGGUCUCGUGCCCUGGGUCUCCCAAUUGAACGCCCGAAGAGCAUGACAACAGAAUUGCUUAAAUCAGCUGUUGGUGCUUCAUAGGCACUCCCGAAUACUUUCAAAACAAAAUAUGGAUCUUUGCUGCUGGUCUGCUUAAAGGAAACGGAACUGCAACGAUAAAACACCCAGUGUUGUUUUUAGAAACUUUUUUUUUUUCAAAUUUUCAUUUUCUCUUCUCUAAACUUUCUUUUGUGUGCUUCAACUGGAUAUAAUAAGUAAUUAAUAAGUAUAGUACAGGAAAAAUUGUAUUGGAUAAUUCAGUGUUAUUGACACUUUGACUGCACUUUUUAUUAACAAAACAGAAUAGACUCAGGUAUUUAAGAGUGAAGUGUAGGUAGUGAUAACACAUGGAUUGAAUGAUAAAGGGAAAUCAUAUUGUACCCAUGCAGUACUUUACCUUGAUAACAGCAUAUUCUUCUCACAAUUUAUGUCCAAAGUUCUUGAUAUGAUAAUAAUUUUGUACAAGUUACACAGAAUUUCCCAAAUAAAAACUAGCUCCUCACAA